UGACGUCAGAGCGAGCGUUGGUGCGUGUGUAUGCCUAUGCGUGGGCCGCGAGCUGCCCUGCUCGCGCGAGAACGAGGCGUUCGUUGCCUCGGCCGGGAGGCGAAGGCGGCGACGGAGGCGAGAGGACUUGGUGGCGGCGGCGGCGGCCGGGGGAUGGAGCAAGCGCCGCCGCCACCACCACCAGCAGCAGCAUCAGCGUCGCAGGAGGCGCUGGGGCCUCGUCUCCCGCUGUUGCUGCUGCUUGACAGAGGAGCCCCAUCAGCUAGUUAUAAUUAAGACUAAAUUGUGGAGAUAAGCAUGAGACCAGCGUGGCACAGCUGCAUGUGUAUUUACACUUGAAGCAAUAGCACACUUUGUUGGCUGACAAUCUUGGCAUUUUUUAGCAAAAAUUAAAGGCACAGUACAUCUGUGUUUGACUUGACAAAUAAACUUGUUGGCUGUCAUCUGAUGGAGCCUUCUGGUGGUGAACAAUUCUAUGAUGACACUGACAUUGGAGGCAAAUCUCAAGAUCCAGAGACCAAAAGGCAGCAUGAAUCAGAGCAAAAGCUGUCAAAAAUUACCCACAAUGCCUUGGAGAACAUCAAUGUGAUUGGUCAAGGCUUGAAGCAUCUCUUCCAGCAUCAACGUAGGAGAUCCUCAGUGUCUCCCCAUGAUGUUCAACAAGUUCAGGUUGAUAUGGAGCCGGAAGUGGAAAUGGAAAACCAAAGCACCUGUGGUGAAAUUGAUGGUGUCUCUACUCAUCCUACAGCUCUAAACAGAGUUCUCCAACAAAUCAGAGUGCCACCUAAAAUGAAGAGAGGAACAAGCCUCCAUAGCAGACGGGGCAAGUCAGAUCCCCCAAAGGGAAGCCCUCAGAUCAACAGGAAGUCUCUCCAAGAUAUUCAUUCAGGCCGACCCAGAUCCUCAUCAACUACUGAUGCCCCUACUAAUUUAUCACUACUGGAGAUGGCAGCUCCUGUCUGCCUAACUGGUGAAGAUGUUGCAUCAGUGGAAAGGAUUGAACGACUAGAUGUAAGCAGCCUAGCACCAGCAUCAAGCACAGUGGUCUCCAGCACAGACUGCAGCAUCAAUGCCGACUCUGUUGAUGGUACACCAGACCCACAACGCACGAAAGUGGCCAUCACCCACCUGCAGCAGAAGAUACUGAAGCUGACAGAGCAAAUCAAAAUAGAACAAACAGCUCGGGAUGACAAUGUGGCGGAAUACCUGAAAUUAGCCAAUAAUGCAGACAAGCAACAGAGUGCCCGGAUAAAGCAAGUGUUUGAGAAGAAGAACCAGAAGUCAGCCCAGACAAUCCUCCAGUUGCAAAAGAAGCUAGAACAUUACCAUCGGAAGCUGCGAGAGAUUGAACAGAAUGGCAUCCCUCGACAGCCCAAAGAUGUCUUAAGGGAUAUGCACCAGGGGCUGAAAGAUGUAGGGGCAAAGGUCACUGGCUUCAGCGAAGGAGUGGUUGAUAGUGUUAAAGGUGGACUUUCCAGUUUCUCUCAGGCAACCCACUCUGCAGCAGGGGCCGUUGUUUCCAAACCCCGAGAGAUCGCCUCACUCAUUAGGAACAAGUUUGGGAGUGCCGACAAUAUUGCUAAUCUGAAGGACUCCUUGGAAGAAGGUCAGGAAGAUGGAACUGGGGGAAAGGUGUUAGGUGUUCAUAACUUUCAGUCAAGCCCAAAAUAUGGCAGUGAGGAAGAUUGCUCCAGCGCCACGUCAGGCUCUGUGGGGGCUAAUAGCACUACAGGGGUCCCCAUGGGAGCGCCAAGUUCCAAAACAAAUACUAUGGAAAUGCAGAGCUCAGGGUUUGAUGCAAUACUGCAUGAGAUUCAAGAUAUCAGAGAGAUGCAAACACGGCUGGAGGAGUCAUUUGAAAACCUUAAGGUUCACUACCAGAGGGAUUAUUCCUUGAUAAUGCAGGCUCUGCAGGAAGAAAGAUAUCGUUGUGAACGUCUGGAAGAGCAGCUGAAUGACUUGACUGAGCUCCACCAGAAUGAGAUCCUCAAUUUAAAGCAGGAAUUGGCCAGCAUGGAGGAAAAAAUAGCUUAUCAGUCCUAUGAGCGAGCCAGAGACAUCCAGGAGGCCCUAGAGGCAUGCCAAACAAGGAUCUCAAAGAUGGAACUCCAACAGCAACAGCAGCAAGUGGUCCAGCUGGAAGGCCUGGAGAAUGCCACUGCCAGAAACCUCCUGGGCAAGUUGAUCAACAUCCUCUUGGCUGUCAUGGCAGUCCUGUUGGUCUUUGUCUCCACCGUGGCCAACUGCGUGGUCCCCCUCAUGAAAACUCGCAGCAGGACGUUCAGCACUUUACUUGUAGUGGUCUUCAUUGCCUUUUUCUGGAAGCACUGGGAUGCCAUUGCUGGCUACUUGGAACGGUUCUUUUCUCCCCCAAGAUGAUGUUACAAAGAACUGGCUGUUGCCCCUCCUGCCCCAGGGCCCUCUGGCCAAGGGAGUGUGGCAAAGCUUAGUCAACAACUCCUUCCUCCGCUGAAGUUUUAAAGUGUCAGAGUGUGAAUUUGUUUACAGUUAAAAUAACGUUUUUUCUCUCUAUGAGACACAUUGGCAAUAGUGUUUUUUAGAUUUUAUUCAAGAGCUCUUUUUUGGCAGAAAUCCUGGAUAAUUUUUAUGUAGCAUGGUUCUCUUUGGAUGCAAAUCUUAUUAUUCCUUAAGUGUACAAAAAAAAUAAAACACCAAUUUGGAGCACACCAAUGGGCAAUUUAAAUUAUGACUCAAGCUACUGUACUAAACCUGUUGUGAAGAAGAAAAGACAUUUACACAAAGCAUAACAAAGAUUAAUCCAGUGCACAAAUGAUACCGCGAUGACCCCAUAAUGCUACUGUGAAACCUGACUACAUUCCAUGUCUGAAUGUAUGGCUUCAGGGUGACUUUCUCUAAUGGAAGACCAAUGCAAUGCGUGGAACUCCCUGGAUCUAUUGCUGGGUUUGUCUGUUCUCUUAACUGAGCAUCCACACUCUUUCUCUAAAACCUGUUCAAUUUUUUGACUAAGGAUAUGAAGUGGAUGCGUUAUACGACACACAGUUACUGCACAGUUGUACUACAGUAUUUUGAAGUAGCCCUUUAAAUACUUUAAGCAAAUGCCCUUGGUCGCACUUUUACUGUUUUUUAAUAUGUGUAUAGUCACAGAUUUAAAAAUCCAAAUGGCAUACUUGAAGAGUGUAAUACUCAAACUCUCAGUGCUUCCUUAUUGUUUCUAAUAGGAUUUUUUAUUAUUCUUAUUAGGGGUUGUUUUUCAAUUCAGUGGUUGGGCAGGUCAUUUCUUUUCCAUUUUGAAAUAAAGAAGUGAUGUUCUUACAUGAAGAAAUGUGUGAAUAAAUGUGAGCUGUCUUUGUCCUGAACUAGUUUUGAGAAGAGAGCAGAAGUGGCUUCUCAUGCAUCUUGAAGGCACAGCUUUUCUGAUGCGAUCUGUUUCCUUCUUAACUUGCAGAUGCAGCUUCACGAAAAGAGAUCUUCUUUCUCCUCCUGUCUGUCUUCUCGUCAUUUUUUUUCUUUCAUGGCAGGGAGGAGAAUUAAAAUCUCAUCCCUGGGUCUGUUGCAUCUAGACUCAGAAUAUAUUCUUGUUUUUAAGGAAAGAAGAGAGAUAGCCUUUUCAAAGCAAGUGACUGAGUGCCGGUUCUGUUACGUGAAAAGUGAUUGGUACCUGGGAAUCUUAGUCUCACUGGCCAUUCGUAAGAGUUAAACUUUCUGUUUAGGCUCUUGCAUGCCAAAGUUGGGGUUGCCACUGGAAGAGCUCAUGUCCAGUCAACUUCAGGUCUGUUUUAAAAAGUUACCCUGUUUAAGAAAAAACUAAAUGUUUAAGGAAACAAAGGGCCAGUGCUUCCGGCAGGGAUUAGAAACAUGUAACAUUCCAGAUGGUGGAUUGCAACUCUUAUCCAAGCACAGUCAGUGGGAGAUGGGAGUUAUAGCUUGGCAAAUCUGAAGUCUCACAUGUUUCUCUCCCCUGCUUUAUAUAUUCCCGAGUGAAGUUAUGAUUCAAAUGAACCCCUGAUAACUGAAACCAAAGUUGUCCUAUUAGUAAACAAACAAUGCGUCUUGUUGGUCUUUCCUGGUAUGUUUAUAGCCCCGCUCUGCAUCUUGUUCCUAUAUAGUCUGUCUUAGUGAGAGCUGUCUUCUCUUCACAGGUUAUAAUAGGUGGUACAGCUCUACUAACAGCAGGUUGUACCUUACCAGGAAUUAAGGAAACAGAACUGCCAGUGGCGUAUACUGCCCUGCUUACCCCACCUCCACUGCCCUGUUUCUCCAUGCAGCUUUUCCAUGUCUCUUAAAAAGGAAAGCAGGGGCUCACGCAAGUGACCCCCACAGAUUUUGCCCUGGGCAAGAGAUGCAUUGAGAAGAGAGGUGGCAAAUGAACAGCUUGAGAAACCUCCUUGCUUUUUGGAACUGUGUGGCUUAGCCCUAGAAUGGUAGCAACCUCUGUUACGUCCAUGACUCCGCAGCUAUGGUGUCAUAUCUUUCUGGAGCCUUUUUCUUUGUAGUGGCCUACAGGGUUUAUAUCUCUAGAACUCAGACCUUUUCUUGAAUCUGUUUCUUUUCUUUUCACUAUGAAUCAGUAAAAAGGAGAAAGAAAAUCUUCUAUAUUGCUGACAUUUCAUCACUUAUUGCAAUUUAUCUGUGGCCAGUGUUCUUCUCUUAAGAACCUGACAAAAUGCCCAAGUGACCUACAAUGAUGCCUGACAGGGAAUGCAGGAACUCUUGUUGUUAGGGCUUUAUUCUCUAGAACUAUGUUGUGAUGUACUUUGCAUUCAUGCAUGGGAUUUGUUCUUUUUGGUUGCUGUUGGGCAGCAGUGGGAAAUUUUCCCUCAGCCCUGAUCUUAAUCUCAGUGAUUUUACAUAUCAUUCCCAGACUCAUAAGUCUGUGUACUCAAAUUCUUCAUGCCAAUAUCACUACACCUUGUCACUGGUCAAAUAUCUUGCCUGUCCUUUUAAGGAAAUAACUUGCCAAUGUCAAUAGACUUGAGCCAAAUAAUAAACAUUCCUGUUUCCCUUAAUGUUAGAGAUACAGAAUUGGGUUAUUAAUGUUUAUCUUGGCCUGCCACAGCAACACUCUGUUGAAUUUAUGCUGACACUGCCUGAUAUGCACAGACUCAAAGGGAUCCUACUUUCCCUACACAUUUCUCCUGAUUUUCAUAAUGAUCCCCUACACUAAGUAACAAGGUCAGACUUUGGACUGCAACUAUUAUGUUUGAAAUGAGUUUCUUCCAAAACUUCCUGACCCCAUCUUCAGAUUUUUACUGCAGACACGUUGAGCUCAGGGUACAAAGCAAUGUGAAAUGAAACAAUAAAAUUCAUAUUUGUUGGUGCUCAUCACCCUGUAAAAUCUAAAAAGAUGUUUUUAUUCUUCUACUUGUAAAAAAAUAAAAUCAGUUAUAGUAUUUGAAUUCUGAGCAUACAGUAUCUCAUGAAAAGGAAAAUAAUUAACAGAAUCCUUAAUUUCCCAAACUGUUCUGUGAAAGUCUUUUCCCCUGUAGUCCUCAAUAUCUUUUGAAAUCUUUUUAAAACUGCUGCCCAUGCUUUGUGAAGUUGCGUUCACUCUCUUGACAACCCUAAUGCUAACUCUUGUGUCAUCAUUUUGCCUUUUCUUUUGCUAGUGGAUCAUACAUUCCCCUCCUGUUGGUCUGAAGGGCUGUGACUGCAUCAAAACUGUUUUAACAAUGUUAAUUGUUUGAAAAUGUGACUUUAGCUUUAAAAUCCCCAGUUCCUUUGCAAGUGCUGUAUUCUUUCUCUUAAAGGUGAAGCAUUCCUGGAUGAUUUGUGAAAGGCAGAGGCUGCCAGUGAACAAGUCUGAGAGCAAGUGAGAGAGAGAGAGAAAGAGAGAGAGUGUGUGUGUGUGUAUCUAAUGUUCUUCUGAUUACUAUUACUGGUGUGGCACUCUUGAGUUGAGGAAUUGCAUAGUUUCGUAUUUGGAUAGAGUGAAAGGUUUAGUAUGUUAAUCGCAUAUCAAUUGAUUGCAAAAAAAGAAGAAGAAAUGAAUGUAACAGGUUGCCUUGAUGGAAAAGGUUACAUGUCAGCACAUUUUACGUGGUUCAUAAGACAUCCUUUUUUUCCUUUUAGUUGGCUAUUUAAGAAAGAACUCAGUUGAAAAGCUAACAUUUUAAGAUUUCUUUUGUUCCUUCCCACCAUUGCAUGAUAACUGAGUACAUUCUGAAUAUGAACUUAGUGAUGACACUUCAUUGUUUACUCCAACUUUUGUGGAUACCCUCAUUGGGGAGUUUUGUUGGUUGAUGAACCAGCCUAAAGAGACACAAUAAUUCAGCCCUUUAGUUGGAAGUAGGACCUCAAGAAACAAAAGCUGCAAGCAGUACCAGCCAAGAAGCCAGGUGGUUGCAAGCAGGUGGGUGGGGAUUUUCCUUGGUAGGCUCACUUCCCAGUUCUAAGAGGAUUCUGAAUGUGGCUGAAGAGUCCUGUGUGUGCGUCUGCGUGUGUGUCUGUGUUGUGUAUGCAGGGUGGUAUCGUGCAUUAGUAGGCAACUGACCUAGCGGUAAGUGCGUUUUUUUAAAAAGUAUGAAAUAAAAACUCACUUGCCACUGGAUGAAGAGUACAGAUAUGACACUUGUGAAGGUAACACUGUAGUUUAUAGUUCUUUAAGCUGCUAAUUGUUGAGAGGGAUUGACUUUUGUCUUGUCUGGUUGUCACAGGUUUGUCUGUGACACAUACUGUAUAUAAAAUUAAAUAAAAACCUCAGAUAUUAAA